AGAGGACUGGUUGUAGGAGCUCAUGGAUCCCUCAGACAUUUGGCCAUGAUAUGAUCCAGUAUGCCUGUGAUGGUGGAUCAGAGAGGACCAGGGUCAGUGUGACAUGAGAACAGUGUUUUUCAACCGGGGGAUCAGCACCCUGCGAACAGCUCAAUGAAUCUAAGGAAUCGUAAGACAUCGUACAGCUUGAUGACAUCAUCAAAGAGGCUGUAGAGGUCAUUGAGGAACGUCACCACCUCCAUCGCAGAGCUGACGGAGCACAUUGAAGUGAAGCCCACGAUGUCGGAGAAGAAGACGGUAACCAUGCUGUAGCUCUGUGGCUCCACCGACUUUCCCGCCAUCAACUGAUCUGCGAUGAUCCUGCCACCAAAGAAGCACCAGCACUGAGAAGCAUGUCACAGAGCACUGGGCGGAGGGGUUCCCCUUGGAAAGGCGUCCGCAACUGCAUAAUAAUCUCUGAAGAAAAAAGCGCUCAUACAGCGCAUCAUACCUUGAUGAUGGUGAUGUCGCUGUAGUUGAUCAGCCACCAGCGGGAGCCGUCCAGCCUCGUCUGGAGACGAAACUUCUGCAGAACUAGGACUCCGAUGCACAAAACUGCCAGAAUACCAAUGAGGGGGAAGCCCACGAGCAGAGCCAGCAGGGCGAUGUCUGCACCCCAUCAACAAGGGACAUGAUGAUGCUGGAGCUCCUUUCUGUCUCGAGGGUCUUUUCCGUCUUUGAGGACUUCCUUCAGCCCCAUGGCGUAAAGAAGCACUGCGUCGUGCAGAAACCUGAUGAGGCAGGUUGAGCCCUGCUCGCUGGCACAGAGAAGUUCACACACAACUGAGUGCACUUUCAGGUGCUAAUGACCAGAGGUGGGCAGCUUGUUGGUGUUUCUGGCUUCAGCUGCUUUUCUUCCCCAGGAGAUCUCAGCACCUCUGCUAAUCCCACCAGCGCUCCAGCACAUUGUACGAGAUAGGCUAAGGGGCGGAACAUCUCUAAGCGGUUGACCACUCACAACAGAGACAGCCAGCCAUCUAACCAAUCAGAGCAGACUGGGCUCUGGUUUCAGACGGAGGGUGAAAAGAGGUGCUGCAGCACAGGCAGUAUGAGAAAAAUAAAGAGCUUUUUGAACAUUAAAGCAUGGAGACAUGUCACAGUAGAUACACAGAGUUAGCAUAAUAGGGCCCCUUACAUAAUUUCAUAUCGCUUGCACUUACAGAGUUGCGGCGCUGUAUGACCUUUAACUUACUUAACAUGAAUACUAGCUAUUUUUCAAAGAGAACUGUAAGGUUUGUUUUGUUGUUGAGGUGUGAGGACUUUGAAUACGUUAAACGUUAGAUAAGAUUACUGACCUUUCAUCAGCUGCAGCAUCUCACUUCCUCAGACAUCGCCUCAGAUAUGAGCGUUAUCUGGACUGAAAUUAAAGCAAUAUAAAAUAAAGGUUGAUAGAGCUGACGGUUUUGAAAUACAUGUAUAAUAAAUUGCAACAUACACACUUUAAUAUCAUGAUGUACAACUUGGAGCAGUUUAAUGUCAGGUUUUGUUAUCAGUGUAAGUGAAGGUGGAAGGUUCAAAGGUUCCUCUGACCUUGUCUUUAUGAGCUCUUGUACUCCUCAGAGCAGAGGAGGAAGAUCUGCUGUGCUCACACAAACCACACACACCUGCUUGUGAGCUAAGAGCGGAGUGGAACACCUGAGAGGACCGCCAGCAGCAGACCUUCCACCAUGGACUUCCUGCUCCAGCUUCUGUUCUCGCCCCUGCCGACCUCGGCCAUCGUCUCGUUGUUCGCCCUGGCAGCUGGCGUCGUGUUCUACCUGCACACACGGCCCAGCCCCCUGCCCAGCCCCUUAGACCUCCACCACCAGUCUGAGGGCAUCAAGGAUGGAGCGAGGAAGAGUAUGUUGCUUGAAGAUAACAACAACCUCAUUUCGUAUUACCAUGAAGACGCCAAGACACUCUAUGAGGUCUUUCAGAGGGGCCUUAAGGUUUCAGGUAACGGACCAUGCUUGGGCUACAGAAAAACUGGGAAGCCGUACCAGUGGCUGAAGUACAAACAGGUGUCUGAUAGAGCGGAGCACCUGGGGUCAGGGCUUCUUCAUAAAGGACUGAAGCCCAACUCUGACACUUUUAUCGGCAUCUUUGCACAGAAUAGACCUGAGUGGAUUAUUGGCGAACAGGCCUGCUACACCUACUCCAUGGUAGCAGUUCCCCUGUACGACACCCUGGGUCCUGAAGCUCUCGUGUUCAUUAUCGACCGAGCGGAGAUCUCCACAGUGCUGUGCGACAAUGAGAAGAAAGCAGAAACACUGCUGCAGAGCCGAGAGGAAGGCCAGACUCCAGUCCUCAAAACCAUCGUCAUCAUGGACCCCUUCCCCUCUGAGCUGGUCGAGCGGGGAACCAAGUGUGGGGUGGACAUCGUGUCCAUGCAGGAUGUGGAGGCUUUGGGGAAGAGUAAUCACCAAGAGCCAAUUCCACCAAAGCCAGAGGAUCUCAGUAUUGUUUGCUUCACCAGCGGCACUACAGGAAACCCCAAGGGAGCGAUGUUGACCCAUGAGAACGUGGUCUCUGAUGUUGCGGGUGUCAUCAAGAGCAUAGAGGUUGCAGGUGGUCCAACCACUCAGGAUGUCAGCAUUUCCUUCCUGCCUUUAGCACACAUGUUCGAGAGAGUGGUACAGGUGGUGAUGUAUGGUGCUGGGGCUAAAGUGGGGUUCUUCCAGGGAGACAUCAGACUGCUGCCAGACGACAUGAAGGCGCUGCAGCCCACCAUCUUCCCCGCCGUGCCUCGACUCCUCAACCGCGUCUACGACAAAGUUCAGAAUAGCGCCCAAACCUCCUUCAAGAAGUGGCUGCUGAACUUCGCUGUGGAGAGGAAGUUUGCUGAAGUGAAGCAGGGCAUCGUCAGGAAGAACAGCAUCUGGGACAAACUCAUCUUCCACAAAGUCCAGGAGUCUCUGGGGGGGCGAGUUCGGGUCAUGGUGACGGCGGCAGCACCCAUCUCUCCAUCUGUGCUCAACUUCCUCAGGGCGUCUCUGGGCUGCCAGAUCUUCGAGGCGUACGGACAGACGGAGUGCACCGCCGCCUGCACCUUCACCAUGCCGGGAGACGCCACCUCAGGGCAUGUUGGGGGGCCGCUGCCUUGUAAUGUGGUGAAGUUGGCGGAUGUCGAAGAAAUGAACUACUUUGCUUCAAAUGGAGAAGGAGAGGUGUGUAUCAAGGGUAAAAAUGUGUUCAAGGGGUACUUGAAGGACCCAAAGACGACUGCAGAGGCCCUGGAUAAGGACGGUUGGCUCCACACCGGAGACAUCGGGAAAUGGCUUCCGAGUGGAGUUUUGAAAAUAAUCGACCGGAAGAAGAAUAUCUUCAAGCUGUCUCAGGGAGAGUACAUUGCACCGGAGAAGAUUGAGAACGUGUACGGACGCAGCGGAACUGUGGCCCAAGUGUUUGUGCACGGAGACAGUCUACAGUCCUACCUGAUCGCCAUCGUGGUCCCUGAUCCCGACACCCUGCCAGGUUUGGCAAAGAGUCUUGGGUGCAAAGGCUCCAUUGAAGAACUCUGCAAAAACACGGAAAUUAAGAAAGCCAUUCUGUCAGACAUGACUAAGCUGGGAAAAGAGGCAGGACUCAAAUCCUUUGAGCAGGUAAAAGAGGUGUACCUCCACUCAGAGCAGUUCACCAUUGAGAACGGUCUGUUAACGCCAACCCUGAAGGCCAAGAGGACCGAGCUCAAAAACCUCUUCCAGCCACAGAUCGACAAACUGUACGCUAACCUCUAAUAAACGAUUACACCACCA